AAAAAAGUCACACAUACCAGGCACGCUCUCGUCCUUUACACAUUUUCCCUUUAUGCUUACUCCACUUUCAUCUUUAUAAAUCUAGACACUCUCUCAUCCUUUCUUAGUUGUUAUCACUAGAGACAGAUUCAAUCAUGUCAAGCAAAUACUCUACAUUACCCGACAUUGAUACCCAACCAGAUGUCUAUGAGACCGCUGAUGAACCAACUGAGCGUAGCGGACGUGCCCAGGGUGUGGACGGCAAGGAUUAUGAGAGUGAUCAAGAAAGAGAGGAUAUCGAUAAAUCUGGGAUCUCGGUCAAAGAUGCUGCUGCCCGCUUCAAGGACUGUGUGGUUGAUAAUUCUUCAAGCGAUUUUUCAGAUAGACUCAACAAACGUAAAAAGGCGAUGUACCGUACAUUUGUCAGGAGGCCUAAUCUAGACAGCUCAGAGUACGAGAUCCUGCCAAAGGAAAUGAUCUUACAGGAAACCCCUGUCCAAAAACUUAGGAGACUCAUGUAUGAAGUGAAGGAGCUUAGUCAGGAAGCAGAACUCAGUGAGAAGCAAGGAGCAGACUUGGUGGGCGGAGAGAUUUCACACAAGGACCUACUUUCGCAUGUCAAGUCAUUGGAGCAUGAUUUGGCAGAGGUUGGUCAAACAUUGGGUGAAGGAGCUGCCUCGGGGAUUCUUUCGAGCGAAGGCUUGAUCAAACAAACAGAUGCUGGUAAACGGUUGCUGCAGCAGUUGCAGGCCUUGAAAGUCUCUUCAACCACAGUUAAUACUGUUGAUAAAGAGGGAAUUGCAGACCAAAAGACCGCUCCUUCAGAUGACAAGACUGUGACAUAUGAGCUGUACUAUAGCCCUGAAAAUGCUAGGUUGCAUACCGUGACAAAAACUGCCGAGCUUGCUGACCGACUUGCUGCUCUUGAAAAAGCUGUUGGGACAACUCCUAUGCAAUCUGGGGCAUCAUUAGUGGGGACUCUUGAGAAGCUUGAGCAGCAUGUAGGGAUUCUUGUUCAGCCGCGCCAAUUGGAACAACUAUCACGUCGCUUGAAAGCCGUAGUUGCUGAAAUGGAACGCGUUCAAGAACUUCAGGCUAAAGAGUCGUCAGCUAGUGGAAUCAGCACUGAAACUGAGACUAAGAUAAAUACUUUAUUUGAACUGGUGGACAAGAUUGAUCCUUUGGUAUCUCUAGCACCAAUUUUGGUAACAAGACUAAAGGGACUCAAGGGCCUACACACAGAAGCAGCCAUCUUUUCAGAAUCCAUCAAGAUGAUGUCGAAUGAACAAUCAAAAAUUAGUGAAGAACUUAAGAGCCUGGAUAUUGUCUCGGCUAAGCUGCAAGGAAGUCUGACUGAAAACGACGCUGCGAUCAAAAAGAAUAUUGAGCUGGUUGACGCAAGGGUCACUCAGCUAAUCGAGCGAGUGCAACGGUUGGGUGCAUGAGUCUAGGAUGUGAAAAUACGUGACAGGGCAAAGGAGCUACGCAAUUUAUAACGCGCAACCAGGAUCAGGCAAAGCACAACUUUAUUUCCAUUUCCGUCCCCUUUAUCACUGCUUUCUUUACAUUUUUGUUCUUGGCUACUUUUUGUAGGAGGAGAUAAAAGAAAAAACUAGUACUGUAGACAUAAACAUAUAUAUUUGCUGCU